CCUGUGUAUGAAUCUAUCUCUCAUUUUCAAUAAUGACGAAAAAACCAAAGCCGAAAUUAGAUUUUAAAGACAUUUCUUUAGGCUUGCGGAUAUUACGUGAGUUUUUGUUGGGGCGCCCUCAUGAGUUAAAAUCAUUGCAUGUCCGAUUUCCGCCAAUGUUGGCACCUCGGACCAUACCACGGCCCGAUAUCCCUCGAGGGCCCGACCCGAAGUACUCACAGUUUCAAUAUUGCACCCGGAGUGCCCAACGCUCUGUGAAGCCUCCGGUGAUAGCGCCUGUAGGUGAAGGUAGCAAGCCCGGGUCCAAGCAUAUUGAUCCUGCUCAUAUUCGCUUCUCGUCUCCACCGACCCCGGGCCCGCCCUGGCAAUGGGACGGGCACAAUUACUUCAUCAGUGUCCCUGAUACUUCGCCGCCGAGUCCCUGCCCCCCGCGCCCGCCCGCGCCCCCUUGCCCGCCUGCUCCCAUCUCGCCCUGCCUUCGCAGGAGUGAUUAUGUGAAGAAGCCGAAAUAAAAUGAGAUGAAGAUUGUCAUCUACAUAUAAAUACGUUAACUAUGUAUUUGUUGCUUUUAUCGAAUCUUAUCUUAUCUCAUAAGCUUGCUUAUGUGUUAGGUACUUUAAAUUAAAUUUCGAAAUUAAAUAUUUUUUGAGUU